UCGCAUGCCAUCGACUCUAAUAACUGCCACUCGUCCCUCCUAAUAAUUUCGCCUACUCCAUCCCGCCGGCGCCUUGCCGUACAAUUUUCCGAUACCCCUGAGCUUGCCAUUCAAGGAGACGAGACCCCACCCGCGCGACUGCUACCUUACUUACCCCUCUGACUUUGGAUCGUGUCCCGCCUCUUGGUGGUCCCCGUAACUCUCGCAACUACUCCCCGGAAUCAUUUAUACAGAUCCCCCGGUGCUCUGCUGUCGCCAUGGCGGAGAAACCGUCGGUCUUGAUCAUUGGAGGGCUGGGAUAUAUUGGCCGUUUCCUGGCCCGCCACAUACACGAGAAUGACCUUGCGUCCGAGGUGCGCCUGGUCGACAAAGUCCUCCCCCAGCUAGCCUGGCUGGCGCCCGAGUUCGAAGAGGCAUGCGCAACGAGCAAAUUCUUGCAAGCAGACGCAAGCAGAGAACAGGCCCUCGCGCGAGUAUUCGACCGCCCCGACGGCAAGCAGUGGGACUAUGUCUUCAAUUGUGGCGGCGAGACGCGAUACUCGCAAGAGGAUGAAGUGUACAAGUUGCGCUCGCUGGCCCUCUCUCUAGCCGUUGGAAGGGAGGCGGCCAAGCGCAAAGUCAAGGCCUUCGUUGAGCUCAGUACGGGAAUGGUAUACAAGGCGGACUCCUCGCCGAGCAAGGAGCAGGACAAGCUCAAGCCCUGGAGCAAGAUCGCCGUCUUCAAGCUGCAGGCGGAGGAAGAGUUGGCAAAGAUUGAGGGGCUGAACCUCGUCAUCGUGCGUCUAGCACACGUCUAUGGCCCAUAUGCCUCGCAAUGGGUGGCGACGGCGCUCUGCAUAGCGCGCGUGUACAAGGCACUCGAGGACGAGAUGAAGUGGCUCUGGACCAAAGACUUGCGGACAAAUACGGUCCACAUCCAUGACGUGACGCGGGCACUGUGGGCGGUCGCGAGCUGGUACGACGCCGGGAGGGCAGGUUGGGAUGUCAGCAGCAUGGGCAAAGUCCCAACGUUCAAUGUCGUUGACAAAGGCACCACUACUCAAGGUGCCAUGGCCGACAUCAUCGGCCAGAUCUUCGGCAUCGAGACUGGUUUCCAGGGCCAGCUGAUCAGCACAUUUGCGCGGCUGAACAUGGACAAUGUCGUCGACGACGUGAACGACGAGGUGCUCGGUCCGUGGGCGGAUCUUCUAGCUGAGGCCGGCAUCACGAGACCUGGCCCCCUGAGUCCGUUCAUGGAGAAGGAGCUUUUGAAAGACACCGACCUCAGCAUGGACGGCACGCAGCUGGAGAAGGUCGUUGGCUUCCAGUACGAGAAACCCAAGAUAACCAAGGAACUGGUCGAGGAGGUGAUCGAGAGUUACAAGAAGAUGAAGUGGUGGCCCUGAGAGCCCCAGAGGCG